CAUUAUUCGAUGCAAGAGACUGAGCAAUCAGAAAAAGAUAUGAUAGGUUCCCUUCUUGAUGGUAAUCAAUUUAUUUAAUUCUGUAGAUGAUGAAUCAGAAUGCUCAGAAUUUCGAUCUUCUAUUACCAAAUCCCAGUAGCAUUCGCAAUCUGUAAAAUUAAUGUUCUUUAUAAAUACCCUUAGCCCAUCAAAAGUUUCAAAGAUCUGAGAGAGAGUCCAGUUUUAAAUGAGGAUCCAACGUAUUAUUAGAAAUAUUCAAUUAGGUAUUAAGAAUUCCCCUCUGCCGAUCCCAGCAAUUUUUACAUUACAGUGUAGCCUACAUUCAUUCAAUCACGAUAACAUUCCUCGAGUCAUGAAUUCCAUUCAUACAUGUUACCCCAACAACCAAUGUACUAUCCUUGUCAAGAUGGCUAUUUCUCCUAAAAAAGAACAAAAAAAUUACAAUUAUAAACAGAGAUUGAUUCAUCAAUUGUACAAAUAUGUAAUCAACCCUUAGUCCCAACAAUGUCAAGAUCAAUACGCCUCUUUGAAUAUUUAGCAAUCGUUCAUCUAGGGAAACGAGUACCAAAGAGAAAAAAUAUUUAAAGGCUUAGUUGAUGAUUUACUCUUACUAUCAAAACACAAAUUUGGAAAUUAUGUCAUCUAAAAAAUAAUUGAAAACAGUAAUUAAAAUACCAGAACACUGAUUUUUGAACAAUUGAACACUCAUGUGUUGGAAAUGUCCCAAGACAAAUUUGGCUGUAGAGUUGUACAAAAAUUGCUAGAAUUUAUCCUCAACCAACAAAAAGUGUAACUUAUUUCCUAAAUCAAACCAUACGCUUUAAAGCUAAUAUUUGAUUAGUGUGGAAAUCAUGUUAUCUAAAAAAUCAUAGAUUUAGUUACUGAUGCUGAAUUCAUUAUAGAUCUGGUCACAAAUAAUGUAGACAAGGUUGUUUCUCAUCCUUACGGCUGUAGAAUAGCUUAAAAGUGUUUGGAAAUAUUUCCCAACGAUAAAUUAUAAGAACUUUACAUCUCCUUAAUUCCACUUUGUGAAAAGCUAUCGUUUUGCUAGUACGGGAAUUACAUUGUUCAACAUAUGAUUAACUCGGGACCCCCAAAAGGAUUCGAAGUCAUUGGAAAGUUCAUCAAAUAAAGAAUAAUUGAAGUCAGUUAAGAUAAAUAUGGAAGGUAAUAAUUAACUCAAAUGUAGCAAUGUAGCCGAAAGGUAUAUUAAAUUGGCUUAAGAAGAUGACAUUGCCAGCAUAUGCAAAAUCCUUAUGAAUCAAACAGUCCCUCCUAUGUUACUAAUUUUAAUUAAUAACUCAUUUGGAAAUUAUGUAAUGUAAAAUUUCUAUUUGAAAUGUAAUGAUAAAUAAAAAGAAUAAAUUUAAAUUCAACUCUCUAAAUAUGAAGAACAUCAAUUCACUUAAUUUGGUAUUUAAUUUCUAUUACUAAAUUAGGUCGCCAUUUCUUAUAAUAUUUAGCUAGAUUUCAUGCUUGUUGA